AUGGCGUACACGUCUCCAGAUGGUCCUUCCAUAGCAGGACCAUCUCGAAUGCUCAAUAAUCACACGCCAAGCUUCAUGAACAACUUGCAUCCGCCUGUACAGAAUGGGCAUCCAUACGCGUCUCCGCCAGAGACGCCAGAGACAACACCUCAUUCCACGGGAGGCUCGGACGAGGCUGGGCAUUCGCAGACUUCUUACUACCAGUCUACCACUGCUGCAUAUCACAACGAGGAAAUCCUUGGUCAUCUUUACCACACUGGGUUUCAGAUGGGUAACUAUUCAGACAUAAAUCUUCACAUCGAAAAGCGACAGUAUCGACUCCAUGCAUUGAUUUUGGCUCGCUCAACAACUCUGGCACAUCUUAUGUCUACUGCGUCACAUUCGUCUCCGCAGACAAUCUACAUCUCUCUCUCCUCGGAGCCUUUUAUUACUGAAGAGGGUUUUUCUAUUGCUCUGGGCUUUCUAUACGCCUCUGUGUCUCUGCAACUUGUUACUCCCCAGAAUGCCUUAUCGGUGCUUGCUAGCGCAUGUUACCUUGGAGGCAUGGAGGACAUGGCUGCUCACGCCUAUGCUGUGUGCAAAUCAGGCAUAUCCCUGGAGACCUUGCCCACCUGGAUGCAAUUUGUGUCCAGCAUCUCUAAUGACGACAUUGACGCCAAAGGGUCCUUGUCCUGCAGGGAGAAAAAUAGAUCGAGCGAGCAUCGCAGCAUCCUGGGCGACUAUGGCGAGCGCUUGAAAGACGACGUCAUGCAUUAUUUUAUCGCUGUCCUACCGAUCGAACUGGGCACUUUCGAGCCUCGGGCAACUGUGGCAUCACCAAAUACAUCCACUCCUGCGGCAUCGCCUGGUAGGCCAUCUGGUUACAACGUUUACCUGCACCUGUACACUUCGCUUCCUUUCACCAUUUUCAAGCUAUGUAUCGAAUCUCCCGUACUUCCGGCGCCCUCCGAUCACGUCAGAUUCAACUUUGCGAAAGCAUGUGUCGCAGCGCGUAAGCCAGGGCUUGGUCGAGAUAGUGAGGAAACUGUUGUACUCGCAUUCGGGACGGAAGGGGGCAGUGCAGUUUGUUUGGCGCGCAAAACAAGGAAGAAAGCGCUGUGGAAGGUAACCAAGUGA